AUUUACUAGCGUCUACGCUCAGUCGAUUCACAGCAUCGCGCGCUGUUGCCGGCCAGUCAGACACGACGACCCAGCAGCCGCGCGGAUCGCCUUCCAAAUUCAAAUUACAGUUUAUUUUUAUUUUUUUAUAAUCGUCUGUCUUGACUGCUUUAUCAAGAUCAUCGAAUUUGAAGACAGAUUAUAGUGAGUGUAAAUUAUCAAAGUGAUAAAAAAUUAUAGAUAAUAACGGUGAUGCGAUCAUAGAUAGUUAAAUACGGAAACAAUGAAUAUCGAAACGCAAGAAUACAUGAAUGGGUUAAGGCCGGGUCCUUUGACGAGAGAGAUACCAGAAUGUAUGAGGAACAAAUACACUUUAGUUCAAGCGAUUUUCGAGCUUAUUGUCACUCUAGUGACGGCACUUGGACACUUAUUUUACGAAAUAUACAAAUCAAUAUUUAGAGACCCGAAAAAGGACUUGAAGGGUCAAAUUGCCUUGAUAACUGGAGGUGGAGGUGGCUUAGGAAGCCUUAUAGCAUUGCGGCUCGCCAGGCUCGGAUGUGUCAUCGUACUUUGGGAUAUAAAUAAGCAAGGCUUGGAAGACACCGUGAAGUUAGUUAAAGGUGUCGGUGGCAAAUGCUUCGGCUAUGUAGUAGACCUGGCUGCUCGUGAUGACAUCUAUCGGGUGGCUAAACAGGUCAAGAAGGAAGUUGGAACUGUGUCGCUCCUCAUAAACAAUGCAGGAGUGGUAUCGGGUCAGUAUCUUUUGGAGACGCCAGAUCAUCUCAUUCAGAGGACCUUCGACGUUAAUAUCUUAGCACAUUUCUGGACGGUCAAAGCUUUCAUACCAGAUAUGAUAGACAGCAACCACGGGCAUAUAGUAACCAUAGCAUCGAUGGCUGGACAUGUUGGAGUUCCAAAACUCGUGGACUACUGUGCCUCCAAGUCGGCUGCUUGUGGUUUCGAUGAAGCCCUGAAGGUGGAGCUAGAUUCAAAGGGAAUAAAGGGAGUCCGCACGUCAUUGAUAUGCCCGUACUUUAUCAGGGCAACUGGAAUGUUCGAAGAAGUAAAGUCAAGGAUCGUCCCUCAGCUGAAUUCCAAUGACGUAGCAGAUAGAGUGGUCUACGCUAUACGGACGAACGAAAAUGUCGCAGUCAUCCCCAGCUACCUUCGAGUGCUGUUGCCGUUAAAAUGGGUGGUACCUUGGGCAUGCGUUUCUGAAUUCAUCCGAGGCUUAGUACCAGACGCAAUGCCAGCACCUAUGCCAUUGCCAGAAAGAAAACUUGAGGCAGAUAUUCUCAAACCAAACGGAAAAUUGGAGUCCCGCCCCAUGACCCUGAUACCACCAGCGAGAGAUGACCGACGUGUCUGACACUCUCUUGAUUAUUUCCAUGACUCUAUAGUGCCAAGGACACUUCUAAUAGUGUGCACUUUUGACUCUAGAAUUAUAUAUUAUUGUUCGGAACUAAGUAAAAUGUAAAGUUUUGUAUAAGUGGAGUCGAUAUCGCCAUGCAAAUUCGGCAAGUAUUGUUUAAAUUAAAGAAUAAAAAAGUAUCUGUAAACCCAUAAAAUAUCGACAUUUAUAUAUUACAAAAAAUGUUAAUGACCUUUUCUCGAUAUUUGACCACAUACUUGUUUUAAAUGCUAUUUAUAUAUACAAUAAUAUAAAUCUAAUUAGCUCAAAGCCUUAAACGACAAAUUAUAUCUGACAAUGUAUAAUGUCAUGUUGGUUUGACUUGAUGAAAAACCGUAUUAAAGGGUGCUUCUAAUAAAAUAUUUGGCGAAUAAAAUUUAGUUGAAUUAACUAUGGACCAAAAACAUUCCCUUAAGAAUAAUUAAAUAACCAUAGUAAGUAAACUUUAUUAAGACAUCUGAAUUGUACUAUCUUCAUGUAUAAUCUAGAUUGGUUUAUUUUUUAAUUAUGCUCACCAAAACCUAAGUAAUGGUGCAAUUUGAUAAGUGUCCUUAUUCAAAUAUAAUGUGUAAUUUAUAAAAUGUAUAAAUAUCUUAAAAUAACACCUUGAGUCAAUGAUCUGAACAAAUCAUUUACUUUUGACAUUGACAACGUCUUUAGAAUUUUAAACAAGUUGACGAAUUGAAAAUAAAUAAAUUCACUAAUGUACCUUUGGCUACAUUUAAAACAUUGUCAUCGAUCGUAAAAUAUUGACAUUUGAUACUAACAUUAAGUUAAGGAAUAAAAUAGUAAAGCUGUGGUACUUAGUCAAUAUGUUAACAGGAGAUUCUGGAUGUGAUUUCUAGUUGAAUAGUUUAUUUUAUGUCUCUUCAGAAAUGUUAAUUACUGCUAUAGUUGCAAAACCGCGCGUUAAAUCAAUAAAACAGCGGAGCAGUGUUGGCUUAGUGGCUUCAGCGUGCGACUCUCAUACCUGAGGUCGUAGGUUCGAUAUCCCGCUGUGCACCAAUGGGCUUUCUAUGUGCGCAUUUAAC